AGUAGCGCUACCCGUCCCUGCCAACAGGUGACGCGUGACGAAGCCCAAUGCUGUAGUUUUACUACGAUAAAUUAUUUUUAUUCAGAUUUAUCCGCCAAUUGUGGUGAUAGACCGACAUCAGGAUCUCUGACACAUGGCAACGCGAUUGAGGAGGUGUAAAAGAAAACUGGUUUUCGCGACAUUCUUGAUAAUAAUAAUAGUUUUUGCUGGCUUUAUGAUGCACAAAGAGACGAGCUUUGGCGUCGAGAAUGACAUACGUGAUAAAUCUGGUCAGAGAGGGGAAGGAUUUUCUUCAUCGGGAGCUUUAAAUGUAGAGAUUUGGAAGGAUAUCUGCGGACACAAGAUGCAGUCGCUAAAACAUUUUCCACUCUUUCCGCAUCGACCAUCGACACGUUUACGAACGUCCGCUUUGCAGCUUUAUUUUCGGCAAGAAUUGGAAAAUUCUGGACUACGAAUAUUUGGAUAUCUGUCUCCCAUCGAGUCUGGGGAUUACAGUUUUCAUUUAGAUACAAGUGAAACUUCAGAACUUUGGAUAAGCUCGGACUCAAGGCCAGAAAACAGCAAAUUGAUCGCAAAUUCAACUUUCGGGGUUGCUUGGAAAUUUGACGGGCAUGAAAGUCUAGUGUCACUUCUCGCUGGAAAGCUUUAUUAUUUAGAAGUUUUACUCAAACAUGGAAAAUUUGAGAGGAAAUUUUGUUAUUUUGAGGUAAAAUGGAAAUCAUCUUCUUGGAGAGUAGAUGAUAUAAGAGAAAUCCCUUCGAAUGUGUUUAUUGCUCGUGAUACGUUUGAGGAGGCUCGAACAUUUGAUCACAACAAAAAUUUGGUUCUUCCUAUGCACAAUAAACGCCAAGAUCCUAGCUUUGCAACGGAGGAAUCACAACGCCGUGCAGAAAUGUAUCACCUUCCUUUCAUCAUUGAUAGUGAUUCUACAGAUCUUUUUCCUGCAUGUGACUACAAUCCUUCAUACCUGGUGAAAGGACCUUUAGAAAGGUACCAGUCCACUUGGGAGUUACACUUUUCAUCCAUUUAUCCGUUUGACUACGGUGAUAUCUUGUGGAAGGAAAGGGAAGAUUUUCUUUCAUUUGGAAAUGACAUUCUGGAUGAAAGUGUAGCAAAAGCAGUUGUUUCUCAAGUCUGGACUCAGAUCGAAAACAAGCAUCCAAGGUGAGCCAUGCACCAGGUGAUUCAUUACAACAUCCUGGGUUUUUAUGUUUCUUUUGCAAUCUGAUACGUAUAACACAAAUUAUUUUUGCUCUGAUUUGCUCUUAAAAGAGCAAAUCCGUGCAAAAAUCGACCAAAAUCGCCGAUUCGUGGCAAGGCUCAAAAACUCAAAAUCGCUCUUCUUUUGCAGACUGGUAGACUUUAGUAAGUAUACAAACGCUAUGUAUUUUUUUCUUCCAAAGAUCUGUUCGUUUCCGAGAAAAACGAAGAAAACCGUUUCAAGCCCCACCGUCGAUUUCGCAAGCCAAAAACAGGGUUGAAAUUCAUCAUGAUUCGCUGGACUCGCGUUCCAAUACAACCGCGCUAGGAAGGAAACUUAUUGCUAAAAUUUUAAGUUUAACUCGUCGGUGAUCAAAAUAUAUAAUAUUUUUAGCAUUACAACCCUCUGAGUAAUUUUAAAAAAACUAAAGCGUACGGCUACCUGAUGUUUACCCACGAAAGGUCGUUGAAAACAGCGACGAUUUUCAUCAUGUGCCUUUGAUCAGAAUUUUUUCAGAUUAAAGGGAAAUGCACAACAGGCAUCAAACGUUUAUGUUGUGUAAAAAUUAUUUUGGGGAAAUCAUUUUGAGCUUCUCAGAAAUUAUUUGAAAAUCGUUUUACAGGCAACAUAAAGUAACGCCAUCUUUAACAUAUGCGUGACCAUCGUCAGUCGACCAGGCAAAGGUCAUCAAACGUCUGUCCUAAAAAGUCUUGCUAAUAUUCACGCACACAGUCCUAAAUGUUAAAGUACUUACCCUAUUCUUUGAUUCAGGUCUAGGUUUACGGCAAAAUGUUUCCCGUUGCCAUCUGUUCAAGUUUGCAUUCUAUAUUAAACUCUGUUUGAGACUCAUAACCAACACGCAUGCUUUCAAACGAAGUUCGCUUAUGUUAAUUCAGCGCGUAGUAAACCCUCUCCUCCUUAUCUGUCAACAACUUUUGUCUCAAAAUGCUGCUGGGCACCGCAGAAGGAAGCGCCAAUCUGAAGGAUGAAGCGCCCUACGGACUUUUUGUGACUCAGUAUGCAAAUUAGUUUCAACAGUAAUAUCGGAUUACAGCUGUCAAGAUCCCGGGGCCCGGGGUCAGGAUCCGCUAAAAGCAGGCGAAAAGCAAACGUAAAACAUUCGUGUAAUACAAAAUUUUUGAAAAUGAAGAAUAUAAUUGGUAGCCUCGCUGAAGAUUUUCAUUGCUUCGAGACGUCGGCAUUAUCAAAUCAAAAGAUGUUUUAACAAAAAAUUGUGUACAUGUUUUCUUCCCAUCUUCACACGGUAGAACUUCCAAUAGUUGGCUGCACGUGGGUAAUCCUGGCUUGCACGUGCGUUAUUUCAGAGUGCCUUCUUAAUAAAGGACAAAAUUAAUGUAUUAAAUGUCACUUUUCGUGAAUUGAAACAAACAUUUUUUACAUUUUUUUGUUAGUACAUUUGAAAUAAGACAAUUUCCAAAACAAAAUCGAAGAAACAGCGGAGACAACAGAACCUCGGCCAUGAAGGAUCCGAUGGUGCCUUCCGAUCUUUAACCUGUGCCGAGUAAGACCAGGAAGCCAAUUUUGCAAGGUUUCGAAAUCCAUUUAACUAUUGUCUCAGUGACAUAAGGGACGGACCAUUAGAAAACUUUUUGGGGAGGGGGGAGUACCAAAAAAAAUAUUCGCGCAAGGGAAAAUUAAAUGAAAAAAAUUCAUGCACGCCAAUUAACCCUGAAAAAUAUUCAUGCUACGGCCUAAAAAAAUUCAUACAAGGAAUUUGAUAACGAGACAAAAUUCCUGCGGCUCAAAAAUCCCCCCCCAUAACUUUUCUAAUGGUCCGUCCCUAAUAGAUAAGAUUUCUCUCCGUGAUCCCCAGUGUCCUACGUUCUUGUAACAUUCUGCAAGCGCAUCUGCUACUGAGCUUGAAGUCAGUGGCUUCGUCAUUGGUCUGCUGAGCUACAAUUUGAGAUUGAACUAAGGAUACCCAGGGUUCUUCAGCGUCUUCUGGCGCAAUCUCCUACCCGUCUGUCCGUACGGCGGGUAGGAGAGAACCCUGGGAACGAGGUUGCAAUCUCUCCAAGAGUUGCAUCGACCACUUGUUUUGCUGUUCGAAUGUGGAAUUGUUGAGUUCUAUCCGAUGCCAUAUCCCCCACACGUUGUCUUGAAUGAGGUACAAGUCAGUCGUUUGAAGGAAAUGUAAAAAUAAUAAUAAAAAAAACGACAACAACAAAGCCAUCAGAACUGGACUAUGAUCUUUACUCUAGGGGAAAUCGGGUUUAAUUUCAAACUAAAAGUAAAACUGAAAAGUUUAUUUUAUCGGACAGAUUAGGUGGAUUGGUGCCGUACCCGGGAGACUCUGGGUUAUCUAAGAGAGUUGACAACUCUUGAAUCUAAGUGACUUAUUAGAAUAUAAUACAAUGAAUAAACUAAGAGUACCUGAACCUACAGGAAUGAGGAUACCGGUUUGCUGAUAGAUAUAUUCUGAAAUGUUCUUCUUCUAACUCCUUUGUCGGCUUUAACAGGCUUCCCUCUUCUUUCAAUUAUGUGAUUGGCGAUUUCCUUUGGAACUUGGCACGAAUUGGAAUAACUGUUCCGUCGCCAUCCAAUACCGAGCUCAGAACGAUGGAAAGGGCAUAUAUUAAAGGAACUUAGGGCGCUUUCCAUUUGUCAGAACUGGCCGGCUGGACCAUAGCCCGACCAGUCAUUUUGAAAAUGAAAUAGGAUUUUUCCAAGAGUUUUUGCUUAAAAACGUUCUCUUUCGAGCAUACUAUUUCGGAUUUGACUGAUCUAGCUGAAGAGUUUGAUUAAAAGGGAAAUUAUCAUUGGGACGGGAAUGGUCUGGCUGGUCAGUUCUGAGCUAAAAUAAAGUCUGUUUCGCUUUCAAUACCAGAGAGAGACCAUGUCAACCUAUGCCCAGUUCCGUCCUUAAUAGUUUGACAACGACAAAGGAACAAUCUCAGUUGAUCUCUGCUUAUCCCUUCUAUAAAACGAACACAGAGUACCUACUAAUGACUCGAAGGAGCACGAACCUUCCAUAGCUUCAUCGAAGAAGAGCGCACACAAACAGUGUUUAUGCAAAGAUCUUUUUCUUUUUCAAGUGGGAAUGAACAGUUGAAUCAAAUUAAACUAAAUUUAAUUCGAUAAUGUUGAUCAGAUGCCUAAAACGUCAAAAUAUUAAAGAUGAUUCUUGGGUAAAAUAAUGUCAACUGGAGUGUUUUUGAAGAAGGAGGAUUAUAAAAGAUGAAUCUUCAUCAGUGUACUGGAAGUAACUGGUGAAAGUCGGUAAAGCUCGUCACGUGUAUUUCACCGGAAGUAGACCCUUGGCACACUGCUAUGCAAAUGAGAUUAAUCCCGGCAUAGUAAAUCGAAUCCAAUCGAACUAAAUUUCAAUCGAACGAAAUCGAACUCAUCGAAAAGAAAAAAAAUCAAUCAAACCCAAUCGAACGUUUGAUUUUCGAACUCGUGAUUUAUGUAAAACAGACGUUGAAAAUCCAUUACCAGAUCUUAGAAGCUCGAGUUACUUCAGCCCUGAGUGUAGCGCACGUGUUUUUCGUAAACGAAGAAAUUCCGCAGAAAUGGCUUCAGAUGCGUUGUGGAUCGUAAGCUUCAAAUGUAUAGUCAAAGGCUACCAGGAAUGCCGCUUUGACGUCAAGGAUGGCGAAGUUUUCAGGGUUUGUUCUGUUCUCUUCUCUUAACUACCGUGGACAGUUUAUAAAUGGGGUUUGUGAUAUUGAAUAAAUAGUAAAAAAAGCGCAAGAAAGACUUGCUUUGACGGGCUUGCUUUGGGCUUGCUUUGUAUAGGUUCACCAGAGCCAAUCGAACGAAAUCCAUUUAAUUGUGUUCGAUUGAGUUCGGUUUCCGAACUCAAUCGAACACAAUCAGACGGAUUGAGUUCGAUUGAGUUCGAUUUGUUCGAUUGAAUUCGAUUUGUUCGGAAAUCGAACUCACUGAAAGUGUGGUGUUCGAUUUCGUUCGAUUGCCGAACUCAAUCCACGGAUUGAGUUCGAUUGAGUUCGAUUGAGUUCGAUUUACUAUGCCGGGGAUUAAUUGAAGUGAACGGAUCCACGAGCAAGGAAACUUGCUUUGUUAAACUACCGAGUUUUAUUUUAUAGACGGCUUUUUUAAGGACCAGGUUUCUCAAAAUUUUUAACAAGCAUGAGAUGUUAACUUGAAAACAUUAGAGAAAACAGAGGGAUGAAGAAAUUACCAGGAAGCCUUCACGCACCUCCAACGCACACAUUCCAGCGGACUUCACGACUACGGUAAGAUAGGCGAUAAGACAGCAAAAUGAAACAACUUGGAGCCUGAAGUACAACAGAUACAGGUUAAGGUGAGCUUUUCAAAAAAAUUGUUCUACAUAUCAAGAUUACCAGCGUUGUAAACGGAAACCUGAAGUCAAAUUGUUGGUGGUGGUCGCGUGACUCAUGUGUUGGAUGGCGUUAUUUUACGUUGUCUGUAACAGGAAUUUCAAAUAAUUUCUGAGAAGCUCAAAAUGAUUUCCCCACAAUAAUUUUAACAUAACAUAAUAGUUUGAUGCUUGUAGUGUUUUCCCCUUCAAUCCUGAAAAAUUCUGAUCAAAGGCACAUGAUAAAAAAAUGGGCACUUUUUUCAACUACCUUCCGUGGUUGAACAACAGGUAGACAUACGCUUUAGCUUUUAUAUAAUUACUCAGACUGUUGUAAUGCUAAAAAUAUUAUAUAUUUUGGUCAACGACGAGUUAUAAUUACAAUUUUAGCAAUGUUUUUUUUUUUCAUAGUGAAUUUCAACCAUGUUUUCGGCUUGUGAAAUCGCGCGGUUGUUUUGAAAUGCAAGUCGAGCGAAUCAUAGUGAAUUUCAACCAUGUUUUCGGCUUGUGAAAUCGACGCAUCCUAAGUGGGGCUUGAAACGGUUUUCUUAUUUUUCUCGGAAACGAACAGAUCUUUCAAAGACAAAGCUUUCAGGGCGGAAAACAUGGCGUUUGUAUCCGUCAGUCUGAAGAGGAAUAAAACGUUUUGAACAUUUACUGAAUUAAAACCCGCUUGUAUUAAAGUCUAUCUUUAGUUUUUCAGUUUUAAUUACAUAGUUUUGUUAUCUUUCUGUACGCAAAUCGCUGUGCGGAGAAAGAAGAGCGACUGAAGCGAGCAAAACAAAUCCUUAUGUGCAGUUUUUUUUAUUUUUUGAGCCUUCAAACACAUUGUGGGCAAACGUGAAUAUUUCUGUGGACAGAUUAUUAUACAAAGAUAUUUUGUUUUUGUGUCCACGGUGGAGCUCCGGACCUUAUAUAUCCAGGAACUUCCUUACAUGACCACAUUUUGUGAAUGCAUCUUGAAAAAAAUCGGACUUACGCACGCACAUUUCCGGUAAAUGUCGUUAAAGUCCGUUUUACUAUGAUGUAUUCUUCGCGAAAAUUAAAUAAUAAGAAGGUUUGGUCGAUAUUUGCAUGGAGUUGCUCUUAAUGUAAAUAUCGACCAAAAUCGACUUUUUGUGGCACAAGUUCAAAAUUCAAAUUUCGCUCAGUUUUGGCUCAUCAAUAACCCUUAAUGAGUAAUGAAACAUGCUGUAGUUAGUUUUCCCAAAUAACCUAUUCUUUUGUUAAAAUUCGAGAAAACUCAUUUUGCCCGUUCGGAGCUCAAAAUCCACUUUCGGUAAAGCGAAAUUUUUACACAAAUUCCGUUGACUCGUACGUCAAACCACAACGAUUUGGCAGCCUUUGUAGAACACGAAUAGUUCUUAUGACCCUUUCUUUCUUAUAAGACGAUAAAUUUGUGAAAGCUGUAAUAAGUUUGUGGCCAAAAAGGUAUUGUUAAAAAUAGGCCCUAUUGACAAUUUCUACCGUUCAAAAUUAUAGGGUUAAAAUAAUGUAAUUUUUUACAAUGCGCUAUAACUUAGAAUUUCGCAAAUUGACUUUCUACGGCUUAACUAGGCCCCAAUCUAUCAGAAAAUCGAAACAAAUCUCUGGGCAAACGAUUUUAAUUAGCCCGCAAGACGCCGAGUUCAACCCUAAUUUUGCGAAAAAUCGCGACAUUCCAGUGGUUAAAAAUAGCGUGACACGGCCCGUCACGCCAGCAUGCACUUUCACAUGCCAAAUUCCAGCAUACAAUCUAUAUUACAUCUUUCAAUAACCUUAUCUUAUUUAGAAGAGUCAUUUUGUUUGGAUACAAUAUAUAGUGUAGAACUGCCCAGAAGUCGGCUUUUUUGAGCGUCGUCGGCAAGACGUCGACGACCGGAGCCCAACGAAAACAAACUGUAAACAAGUACAGUGGUGUGUUUUGUUAAUUUAAGCAUGCGUCAAAAGGCAUAAAUACGUUAAAUUUAAGACGGGGAUAACCAAUAUUAACUAAUUAGAACUCUUUUUUUUUCUUUGGAGUUUUCUCUUUCAAGUAAUUAUGUAUAAGUAUAAACGUACGUUUCGAUGUAGUACUAGGGAGCUUAAGCAACAACGUUUUUGAGCGACGAACGUUUCAAAACAUUUUAACUUGUUUUCAUUUUUCGACGGUGGUUUCACCAUCUUUCAAAAACAAAUCACCUCUAUAACAGCAAAACGGAAAAUAGGAAAAAAAAUUUUCGUUUUAUCAAGGCAUGUAAAGCAGGAAAAUAGUUGCACUUCCGGUUGAUCAUGCGUCGCUUAAAAACGUCGCUCCCUAAAUGGACAUCCCUAGAUAUUAUCACCAUUAAAAAGUUACAUUGUAACGAACGUUUCAGAAAACAUUUUAACUCGUUUCGAUCGACGAUGAAACACCAUCAUCAAAAACAAAUCACCAAAAAAUGUCCUCUACAGCAAAACGGAAAAUAGAAAAAAAAAAGUGUCGUUUUACUUACUAUUUUCCUUAACAUUUGUCUGGGGUAGAGGAAUAGCGAGUUUUCUGUUGGUGUCUCUUAAUAAGUAAUUAGAGAUAUUGCAACGAUCUGCCCUUGCUACGAUCUAUUAUGCACUUAACAAGGCCCCUCAAAGUACUUAAGAUAUAUGACGCAUAGUCUGCUAUACACCCGCCUAUCACUGCUCUUUGACGAUAUGUCCCUGGCGGCAGAAAGCGAUGAGAGGAAGCUUUAUCGCAGGCUCUUGGCAUCAAGGCUUUUCUACUAUUUACAUUGGUAAACCGGUCGCUUCACGGUUUGGGCAAAUGGUGAGGAGAAUUCAGGACUGAUUAAUUUUGAUUCCGUUCGGUAAUCGCGUUUACCAUUUUCCUAAGUCAGUUUCGUUUAAUGAAAAACGGCCGCGAAAGCCUGAAACUAAUAUUCAAAAAAGGUUUGAAGACAUGAAAUCCGAACUUCCGCCUGGAACUUUCCAACCAGGAAAACAGGCGAUUGCCUUUUCAGACGUUCGUUUGUUUCAGGAAUUUUCCACUGAAACGUCGAAAGCAACCCGAAACUGAGUUUAUGGUAAGCCUGGCAAAGCACCAAAGAGUCCUCUUAGUUUGUUUUAAUGGGUCAUAGUCAUGCAGUAGCUUCAUGAUUCAUACACGUUGUCAUACAAGUAUAUGCUCCUCUUGGGGCAUCCACGUAGCCUUUUUUUCAGUUUUGAGAGCCCGCAAGGGUAAAAACUGCGAAAAGAACUAUUGCACCAAUAGUUAGUCUAAAAUAUUUUUAUUCUUUAAAAUUGCUUCAAGGAAAUUAGUUUUUAUAAACCAAAUGGCAUUGAUUGGCGAUGAUUUAAUUCGCAAAUAUCUCUCGAUGCAAAAAUUCAUUCAGUAAUCAGUUUUAGCUUUUAGAUUUUGUUCUGUUCAUAUACCAUUUUUUGAGGGAAAUCGCCAGUCUGAAACUGAACAUGAAAGUGUGUGAAGCUAUCCCAGGGACCCUAAAUGUUGUAUCUGAAGAAAAUGCUGCAAUCAAUGAGAAUGAUAGGUUUACUGAAAGAUUUAAUUUCGAAGUGGCUUUUAAUCUACCUGUAUUAAGUAAAUUGUUUAAAGCAUAUCUAUCGGUAACACUGGCGUGACGGGCCGUGUAACGCUAUUUUUAACCACGGCAAUGUCGCGUUUUUUUUUUUUUGCAAAAAUAGGGUUGAACUCAACGUCUUGUGGGCUACUUAAAAUCGUUUGCCCAGAGAUUUGUUUCGAUUUUCUGAUAGAUUGGGGCCUAGUUAAGCAGUAGAAAGUCAAAUUGCGGAAUUUUAAGUUAUAGCGCAUUGUAAAAAUUUGCAUUAUUUUAUCCCUAUAAUUUUGAACGGUAGAAAUUGUCAAUAGGGCCUAUUUUUAACAAUACCUUUUUGGCCACAAAAUUAUUACAGCUUUCACAAAUUUAUCGUCUUAUAAUAAAGAAAGGGUCAUAAAAACUAUUCGUGUUCUUCAAAGGCUGCCAAAUCGUUGUGGUUUGACGUACGAGUCAAUGGAAUUUGUGUAAAAUUUCGCUUUACCGGAAGUGGAUUUUGAGCUCUGAACGGGCAAAAUGCGUUUUCUCGAAUUUUAACAAAAGAAUACGUUAUUUGGGAAAACUAACUACGGCAUGUUUCAUUACUCAUUAAGGGUUAUCGAUGAGCCAAAUAUGAGCGACAUCAAAUUUUCAACUUGUGCCGACCGUGGGUCGAUAUUUUCGGAAAGCCACUCUUAAUACACUUUGAGUUAGGACUGGUCUUUCCUCGACUUAAAAAAAGACGUUUGAAACGUAACUUGGGAGGUGUCAUCAAAGAGUUUUGAUUGGUGAAUCGUACUGUUUAACAUCCUAAAUUGUGUCUGUGACAUUGUACUGGGGCCUGCAUGUGUGUACGCUAUAUAAUGGCCUAUAAACAGAGGCUCCGUUCGAAAGGUGUACCAUUGUCAGGUUCGGUUAGAGCAGUAUAUGAAAGGGUUGGGAAAUCUCUCAUUCGGUCUGUGAAAGGACUUUAAAUGCUAACAAGUGCAUUUUGUGGAUGUGACAAUAACCUGAUUUAGUGAUUUAUUCAUUUUUAAACUAGAAAUACGUUUUCGCAAAAAUCUCGCGAAGCUAACAGGGUAAGCAGUGAGAAUAAACAGUAAAAAGCCAAAGGGUAAGAAAGUGAAACAAACAAAAAAAAAACUGGAACUGUCUGAACUUGCAGCCCAACAUCCUCCAUGCGCCGAAGAUUCGUUACAAUUAAUAGUGUUGAAGUAUUUUUCUCUGCCAUUCACAAUGUUUCAACCAUGUGGAACUGUAUUUAUUAUGAAUUCAAAGAUACAUUUGAGAAAAAAUUGCUCAAACGAGUACUUCAAAACCAUUUCGCAUUAUUUCCGUGUUUAUUCAAUCUCGGGCUUUAUAUAGGCCGCUCGAUUAACGGAGUGGUCUUCUUCUUCGCUGCUCUCGCUAAUUAAAGUUCAGGUCACCGUUCUUUCGGUGUUAAACCUCCCACGGCAAGGAUUUCCAGCCACUUGUCCAAUCGGGCACUCUUGUGCCUCAGAAAUACUUUGCGAUUCGCCAACGUACAAUAAACAGCCCAAGUCACUGGCAUGGCCGUGUUGCCUGGAAAACCAAAAUGCACAAUGACGUCAUGUUGAACAGGGUCUUUAGGAUUUGUUUAUGGCUCGUUGCCAGGCAACUACGGAUACCAAACCGAUAGAAAGAUGGCCAAAGCGUAAUCGCAGUUCGCUUGCGAUCCUCGCGUGAUCUGCGCGCUGUGCGCGAGAGAAAAUUAUAAACUCGCUCCGCGAGAAAGAGAGUCCUUUUACAGUAGUACUAGAAAUACGUUUUCGCAAAAAUCUCGCGAAGCUAACAGGUUCAGCAGUGAGAAUAAACAGUAAAAAGCCAAAGGGUAAAAAAAGGAUGAAAGAAAAAAAUGUAAGUAACCACACCGAGAGUGCUUUUACAGUAGUAAAAAGUAAUACAGGGUUCUAAACUAGUAUAUGAAAGGGGUUCCAUUUGCCAAUAAAAAAAUAUAUCAAAGGGGUUCCUUCCAAAAGGGAUAAGCGGUUGGACCUCGGGAUGGAGUCUACAAUAUAAAAUUUUAUGCGUAUGCUUAAAACUAUGCUAGCAUAAUCCGUCAUACCACACUCAUUUUCCUUCAAUAUAGGAAAUACACUUUUGUACGAGCCCUUAAUGUGGAGGAAAAUCACGACCCAGGGACCGGAGACAGGUACUUGGUGGAAAUGGAACUGAAAGAAAUUUCAGAGGGAAAAUCUGUGAGAUUCUCAGAAUAUGUCUACAGACCUUGGGGUGCACACACUCUCUGUACCCCUGUAGGCGUGACAUGGAACAAAAGUGCUGUUAUAAACAUUUUGGUAACAACUGGAAAUAACCAGGGACGGUGGAUUCUUCACUUCCUUGAUAACAUGACAAGAAUUUACAACAGAACCAAGGAUGCCAAUUUUAAUGUAGUUAUCUUUGAUUUUGAUAGCAAAGACAUUGAUCUUGGAAAUGCUCUGAAAAAGGCGACAAUUCCAUCUUAUCAAUAUGCUAAUUCAAAGGGAAAUUUUUCAAGGGCCUUGGGGCUACAGAAAGCUGCCGGAAUGGUCAGAGAUCCAAAUUCAAUUCUUUUUGCUAUGGAUCUUCAUCUUGAUAUUCCUUAUCAUUUCCUGGAUGAUGUUAGAAAGGUUAGUGAAGCGUAGUUGUUCUGGGCAGGGAGGUUUCGGGACAGCCCGGGGGUAUGGGAACUUUCAUUCAGAUCAACUUGACUGGCACCUUUUGGUAAUAUUAAAAUCCCAGGGAUAUAGCUAGGCUUUGUCCAGAGGAAUGUAUACACAGUUUUCUGAGUCAACCCUAAGGUUGGAUUUCCACUGACGCGUAAAUUUUACGCGGGAACGCACGUAAAUUUUACACACGUAAGUAAAUUAGACACAAUGUAUUGGAGGUCGUGCGUAACGUAAAAGUUGAACCUUGAUCAACUUUUACGUUUAUGCGCGACACUUCAUACAUGCUUUUUUUUUACGACCUUAAAAUUUAUGUGCGUACCCAGGUAAAAAUUACGGGACAGUGGAAAUCAAUGCCUUUUUUAUCUCUGACAUUUUUUCACAUGAGUACCCUCGAACAGGUAGCUAUGCCCCUAAAACCCCAAAAGGAGCAGGGUGUAUCCGAAAAGGGGGGAGAUACAUGAAAAAAGAAAAAAAACAGUAUCGACUAGCACAUUUUAUGAGAUUAAAUCGGUAUCAAUGUGUUUUUGCGGAUAAUUAAAGUUUAAAAGUGAUGAUGUUGUUCGUUGCGUUUUUUUUCUGAGAGGUUAAAAAAUCACUAUGUUUAAGAAGCCGAAAUAUGUGUGCAAUGAAACACUUGCGUUCGGAUCUUUGCCCAAACCAAAAAAUGAAAAUGAUUUAACAGUUUUUUUGCUUAUUAGAAGGAGCACACUUUCAUUUAUACAUUUAAUACAUCGGUCUUACUUUUGCUUUUGUCCUGGUCAUUAUCUUUCAGCACUCCGUUCAACACAAGAUUGCUUACUCUCCUCUUCUUGUCCGCCUAGAUUGUGGAGCAACAACUUCUGAACCUUUUGGCUAUUGGGAAAUUCAUGGUUUAGGAUUGAUAACUUUGUACAAGAGUGACUGGGACAAAAUUGGAGGAAUGAACGUCAAGGAAUUCAAGGAUAAGUGGGGUGGGGAGGACUGGGAAUUUGUGGAUCGGUUACUGGAAGCUGGGAUGGAAGUAGAAACGAUUAAGAUGAUGCAUUUUUUUCACCACUACCAUUCAAAGAAAGGCAUGUGGAAUAACAUUUAACUCCAUUCAUUAUUUGUGGAAUCGCAAUUAACAGGCGGUUUAUACAACUUUCACAAUUCAGCAGCUGCUAAUACAGCCGUUUCUCCUCGUCCCAAACGGCGAGGAACGAGGAGAAAUGGCCGUACUUGACGGCAACAAGUGUUUUGGUAUAAAAAAUAAGAUUAAAUUUGACCAGCAUUUCAGUGAGCAACGCGUUGUCUGGUUUCGAUUGUCUUCGAUUUGACAGGAACAAAACAAGAGAGCUCUGUGGCUUUUUCCUGAAGUUAAGGAAAAAUCUGUCGGAGGAAUUAGAAGUUAUUUACAUUUUACAUACAUACAUAUCCAUACAACCGUUAUUUAUACACGAUAUAUUACUAGGG